AUGGAGUACCUGGAUGGACUGCACGAUGUCCUUCACGUGGGCGUGGAUAGGGAAGGCGGCGCGCGGUCGUUGGAGGGGACCAGGAGACCUUCACCCUCGUGCACAAGGUCAAAAAAUCUUCACGAGGAUAAAUACGCAUGGGCGUUACCGUGGAUCGGCGACUGGCACCUGCUGGAGCACACGCCAGAUGUUCUUUUCCGCAAGUGGGGCGGGUUCGCUCUCAUUCCCCUGGCGAAGGCAGCCGACUGCUAUGACAAGAAAUUGGAGGGCAAAACCUACCACAAACGGCACCACUUUUUCGUUGGUUUUUUGGAGGCGUUACGGCAAGCUUGCAUUGGCGAGGUGAAGGAGGCAUCCCAGCCUGGGGGGGGGAGGCUUGCUGACGAAGAACUUCUGGCGAAUUUGCUCGGCUACCGGAUCGACCGGACCAAGCACAAGACUUUCGGGCAGUGGGCGGACUUGCUGCUUUCCGAUGGGAUGGCAUACCUGGCUGUGUACAUCGGAAUACGAACAGAGGACUUUGAUCUGCGGGAAGCCGCCAUUCGCAAAAUCGCCCCGCUGUUCUUGGGGUACAACAAAAACCUGUAUCACGCAUUGUGCAUCCAAUACCUCGCAGACAUAGCGCGAUUGAGUCCCGCUGAGCGGUUGUUCAUCAGUGAGACGUUUAGCCUAUCGCUCUCUGAGAAACUCAGUAAUAAUUCGGGACUCGGCGAGAUCCAGAAGAUGAUCAUGACCAAGGAUAUCAAGCAGGCUCCAACGGGCACCGACGUCAGGCAUCUCCAGAGACUUACCCUCACGCUACAGACCCUGUCGACCGUCGCACGGGAGGUCAAGGAAAUGUACGGCAGUAGUGUCAUCUACAACCGGAAGAUCUACGCUAGUGGCCACAGAAGGAAGAUCGUCGAUAGAAUCCACGCUUCCCUCGUUGCGGAGUAA